AUGGCACAAAACCUCCCGCACCUCCCAGACUGGGAGCAGAUCAGCACGAAUAUUGUUCGCAUCCUGGGCGGGAACCCUAGCAAGUUCACGCUUCAAGGCACAAACACUUACUUACUCGGCACGGGGCCGCAACGCAUCCUGAUCGAUACAGGGGCGGGCGAGAAGAAAUGGAUCGACACUUUACGCACCGUGCUGACUUCCCAGAAUGAACCCAUCGCCGUGUCAACCUGUAUACUAACGCACUGGCACCACGACCACCUAGGCGGGGUUCGGGACCUGGAAAGGCUGUGCGAGGAACUUUCUCUGGAUCAAGCCAAGGUGUACAAGAACCAGCCGACGUGGAACCCGGACGGCCUGAUCGAGCCCUCGCGCGUGCACGACAUCGCAGACGGCCAAAAGUUUUCAAUCGCCCUAUCAGGGGAUUCGGCUCCUCUGGAGAUCCAAGCCAUCCACACCCCCGGCCACGCCAAGGACCACAUGGUCUUCCAGAUCACCUCGUCGCCGGACCCGACCGAGGUGGGCGCACUGUUCACCGCCGACAACGUCCUAGGCCAUGGCACGGCCGUGUUUGAGGACCUCCAUCUGUACCUGCAGAGCCUGGACCUCAUGAAGAGACGGGUCGUGGACGCGGUGGCUGCGCAACAACAGUCACAAGACGGUAGUGGCUCUGGCAGCAAGAGAGCCUUUCCAGGCCACGGAGCCGUGAUUUCUGACGCCGUGGCCAAAAUCGACGAGUACAUCGCGCACCGACGUAUGCGAGAGGAAGAAGCGCUGAACGUCUUGAAGUACGGCACGACAACACCGCCGAACAGCUCGGAGCCGCUCGUCCACGACAGUAUUACCCGGGUUGGCGACGACGAAGCCGAAGGCGACUCGGUCGCUGUUGGCGGCGCAGAAACCGUGCUGGGCAAGGAAUGGGCCAGCAUCGACAUGGUCAAGGUCAUCUACCGCCACUACCCGGAGAACCUGUGGCAGCCGGCCGAGAAUGGACUGCUGAUGGUGCUCGACAAGCUGCGGCGCGAUGGCAAGGUCGUCAAGACCAGCGCAGGGAAGUGGAGGGUGAGUGAGAAGGCGACUCUGUGA